CGUAAAUAAAGAAAAGGCGGAAGUACCGUGACCUUCCCUCGUGUGUGUCUGCGCAGAACGUUGGUUGUGUUGUAGUGUCUGAGCUGCAGGCGUAACAAUGCCUUCAGUUCAGUGUCUGAGAGAGUUUAUCAACGAGCGGCUAACUGCUGCUGCUCAAGAAAUAUUCACAGAGUUUGAAAAAACGAUCGUCCAGUACGAGGAAGAGAUCGAGCGUCAGCGCAGACUGCUGGAUAUCACCUGGAAACCUGAGAUAAAGCUGCACACAGAUGUCCAACAUUAUCAAGUGUUUAAGGAGGAGGAGCUCAUUGACCAACAGCUCAAGCCCAAUCUGGAUCAGAAGGAACCAGAGCUUCCACAGAUCAAAGAGGAACAGGAGGAACUCUGCAGCAAUCAAGAGGGAAAGCUACUUGUACUGAAGGGGGAGAUUUAUACCUUUACAAUGCCUCCAACUUAUGAGGAAAGUGAGCACACUGAACUAGAACCAAACAGGGAGCAGCUCAUCUCUCACAGCUGUCCUGAAAAUGAAAGCCAAGAUCAGGAAGGAAGCAAGAAUAUAGAUUCAGGGUCAACAAGAAAUACAAACAGAAGCCACAGUAGCGAUGCAGGAGACUCUCUCGUGUCUAAGGGUCAGUAUAAACCUGUCAAAGUUAAAAAAUCCUUCAAAUGUGAUGUUUGUGGAAAACCCUUCAAGAAAAUGUCACAAAUGAAAGAGCAUUAUAGAAUCCACACUGGUGAGAAGCCAUAUUCUUGUAAAAUGUGUGAGAAAUGUUUUUCUCAUAGGAGCAAUUUGUUGCGCCACAUAAAAAUUCACACAAAAGAGAAGUUACACUCUUGCCAAACGUGUGGAAAAACAUGUAGUUAAAAUAGUCUUUUAUUGGUCUACAUGAGAAUCCAUGCACUAAGAACUCACACAGGUGAGAAACAGUAUCACUGUAAAACAUGGGAAAAUGUUCACACGUAAUAGAUGUGGCACCUUUUUUUUGGGGGGGGGGGGGUUUGGAAAGUCUUACCAAAUAAUCCUUCUCAUUCUUUGAAUUUAAAUGUUUUUUUGUUUGUUUUUUGGAAAAGCUUUUGUUUUGUCCAUAAGUGUGUAAAAUAUAGCUAUUACCACUGACCAGUGAAUUUUUUGUCUGUUUUUAUGUGUUAUGGACAGUUUUUAAGUAUAAAGAAAACAUGAAGGACUU